AAUCAUGAAAUCAAGUCUUCAUGCAAUGUCAUUUAAUACAAUAGUAUUUUCCAUCAUUUAAAAUACCUAAUAUUCCAUAAAUUUCUACAAUCAUAAUUGUAAUAGUGUUUCAUACUUAAAACCAAAGAUGUGUGACCAAGAAUUCAGGACUCUCCGCUUUGAUCCCAGGUUUCCUAACCAGAAUCAGACAAAUGCAUGCUACAUGAACUACUGCGACUACUACCGCUGCAGGCGGCUGCUCGGCGACGUGGACGACUGCAAGAUCUUCAAGCGCUACUUCGAGACCAUAUGCCCCAACUUCUGGAUCGAGCACUUCGAUGAGUUACGGGAGAGAGGGGCGUUCCCUGGACGCAUAUAGUCCGCGUAUACACGUCGUUAAUACGUCUCUCGUGUGCUAUACUUUCGUUUUAAUUUAAAUUCUUGUAACUAAGUAAUGAAAUUAAAUUCUAAAUUAUUUCUUACA